AAGGCGCGGAGCUCGCGCGGGAGCAACUUCUCUGACAGACGCCGAACAUGAACUCACCUCAGGAGCGCUGAUUUACCUGCUUUACACCUGAACCACGGCGUUUCGCGAAGCCUUGAGAGAAAAACCUCUCCGGAGAGGAUAUUUAAUCCUGAACAUUUGCGUUCGACGCGCGCUGUGAGUCAGAAGAGCGCACUGAGGUAACGUUAAAAACCAACGGACUUCAUUCCGCGAAUGCUAAUCUCUCCGCCACGGGCUUUAUUACAAACAAACAUCUCCAGAGGUCCCUCUGAUUGUUAUUUCACCCGAUCGGCGGAUUUCUGCCUGGUUUCGGCUGUUUGUAUGAUGGGAAGAAGUAAAAAGCCUGCGAGAAGAGGACGAGGCGGAUCGGGACACUUAACUGUGCUAGUUUUUACUAUUUUAUCGCUUGUCAACACCGGUGCGGCUCAAGAUGACGACUAUCUGGGAUUGGGUGAACUCCCGGAGACGUUCCCCUCGGAUCCGCCCGAGCCGCUCCCGCACUUCCUGAUGGAGCCGGAGGAGGCGUACAUCGUCAAGAACAAGCCCGUUAACCUGUACUGCAAAGCCACGCCGGCCACGCAGAUCUACUUCAAGUGCAACAGCGAGUGGGUCCAUCAGAAGGAGCACACAGUGGAGGAGCGCGUGGACGAGACCUCAGGUCUGGUGGUGCGGGAGGCCAGUAUCGAGAUCACCCGUCAGCAGGUGGAGGAGCUCUUCGGUCUGGAGGAUUUCUGGUGUCAGUGUGUGGCCUGGAGCUCGGCAGGAACCACCAAGAGCCGUAAAGCCCACGUCCGGAUCGCCUAUCUCAGGAAAACAUUUGACCAGGAGCCUCUGGGGAAGGAAGUGUCGCUCGAACAGGAAGUGCUUCUCCAGUGCCGCCCGCCAGAAGGAAUACCUGCCGCUGAGGUGGAGUGGCUGAAGAACGAGGAGAUCAUCGACCCCGCCGACGACAGGAACUUCUACAUCACCAUCGACCACAACCUGAUCAUCAAACAGGCCCGUCUGUCCGACACCGCCAACUACACCUGCGUCGCCAAGAACAUCGUGGCCAAACGCCGGAGCACGACAGCCACCGUCAUCGUCUACGUGAACGGCGGCUGGUCGACGUGGACGGAGUGGUCAGUGUGCAGCAGUCGUUGUGGGCGGGGCUAUCAGAAGAGGACGCGCAGCUGCACCAAUCCCGCGCCUCUGAACGGAGGAGCCAUCUGUGAGGGGCAAGCCAUCCAGAAACUGGCCUGCAACCCGCUGUGUCCAGUGGACGGUCUGUGGACGCAGUGGAGCAAGUGGUCGACGUGUGGGACAGAGUGCACUCACUGGAGACGGCGCGAGUGCAGCGCUCCGGCCCCCAAAAACGGCGGCAAGGACUGCGAGGGAGCGGUGCUGCAGUCCAAGAACUGUACAGAUGCGCUCUGUAUGCAGAGUUCCUUAUAUCAGAAGUCCUCCGAACCCACAGACAAGAGCAAUGCUCUGCCACGUCCAUCGGCCCCCAGCACAGACGACGUGGCUCUAUACGUGGGCAUCGUCAUCGCCGUCAUCAUGUGUUUGGUCAUUUCCGUCAUCGUGGCGCUGUUCGUCUACCGGAAGAACCACCGAGACUUCGACUCGGACAUCAUGGACUCGUCGGCACUCAACGGAGGCUUCCAGCCGGUCAACAUCAAGACGGCGCGCACAGCGGAUCUGCUGACGGCUCCUCCGGACCUGACCUCGGCUGCUGCCAUGUACAGAGGUCCCGUUUACGCUCUGCACGACGUCGCUGAUAAGAUCCCCAUGACCAACUCUCCCCUGCUGGACCCUCUGCCCAACCUGAAGAUCAAGGUGUACAACUCGUCCGGUCUGGUGACGCCGCAGGAGGACUUGUCCGACAUCUCCUCCAAGCUCUCGCACACGCUGAUCGACAGCGACACCAUCAGCCGCCGCACACAGACACUGCUGCGCUCCUGGGACCCCUCGUGCACCGCCUUCGGCUCCUUCAACACCCUCGGGGGCCAUCUGAUCGUGCCCAACUCAGGCGUGAGCUUGCUGGUGCCAGCGGGGGCCAUUCCUCAGGGCCGCGUCUAUGAGAUGUUCGUGACGGUUCACAGGAAGGAGAGCAUGAGGCCGCAGGUGGACGACACACAGGAGACGGCCCUGAGUCCGGUGGUCAGCUGCGGUCCUGCUGGAGCUCUCCUGACCCGACCCGUCAUCAUCACCAUGCACCACUGCGCCGAGGCCGACAGCGAGGACUGGCUCAUUCAGCUCAAGAGCCAAUCACAGCAGGGCCAGUGGGAGGACGUGGUGGUGGUGGGUGAGGAGAACUUUACCACUCCCUGCUAUAUUCAGAUGGAUGAGGAAGCGUGUCACAUCCUGACGGAGACGCUGGGCACGUACUGUCUGGGGGGUCAGUCGGUCAGCGCCGCCGCCACCAAGAGACUCAAGCUGGCCAUCUUCGGCCCGGUCAGCUGCACCAUCCUGGAGUACAACAUCAGAGUCUACUGUCUGGACGAUAUGCAGGACGCGCUCAAGGAGGUGCUUCAGAUGGAGAAGCAGAUGGGCGGGAAGCUGCUGGAUGAGCCCAAGUCUCUGAACUUCAAGGACAGCACACACAACCUGCGUCUGUCGCUGCACGACGUCCCACACACUCUCUGGAAGAGCAAACUCAUCGCCAAAUACCAGGAGCUGGCAUUCCAGCAGGUGUGGAGUGGCUCUCAGAGGAACCUGCACUGCACCUUCACUCUGGAGCGCUUCAGCGCCGCCACACUCGAGCUCUCCUGCAAGCUGUGUGUGCGACAGGUGGAGGGAGAAGGACAGAUAUUCCAGCUCAACAGCACACUAUCUGAGGACUCUCAGUGCAUCGACACGUCUCUUCUGGAUCCGGCCAGUAACAUCACCACACUGGCGCGUGUCUCUGUGUUUUCACUCAUCUCAGCAGGGGUCUUAUCUAUCCCAGCAUGCCGAGCGGCCAGACAUGCCGCCCCACCCCUGCUCUCUCAAUCCGCCUGUAUUUGUAUUUGUCACGGUCUCCGCUCACAGUUUUCCCAGCAUCCUCUCCUGCUGCGUUUCUCUUCACGGAGGUGUAAAUUUAUCGGAGGAGCUGCUCGUGGAACCAAAUAA